AUGAGAGAACAUGAAGAAAAAUCAAAAAGGGUUGUGCAAAAAUUUUUGGAAAAUCUAAACAAUAGAUCCAAAAACAAACGACCUAUCUCGACAUCUCAAUCAAACGAAGAUUUAGUAUCUAGCCGACCAACCACUUCCAUCCAAUCAGCGGGAACAACAUCGACUUCACAAAUAGUUGCUCCAGUAGUCCAAAGUAACAAAGAAUUUAUCAAUUCGACUACGAUACCAACUUCGUUUCAAUCAUCAAGAACAAUUACAACACAAAAAACAAAAUUAUCGCGGAAUACCAAAAACAGAACGUUACAAUCUCAAUCUUCGGCCAAAGCAUCAGUUCCAGACUUGAAUCGUCCAACAGAUGUUUCUUCAUUAACGAUAGAAAUGUAUACAAUGGCUCAUUCUCAUAUUCAAUAUGCUAAAAAUAAAGAACCUCUCAAAUUUUAUAAGACAAAAGAUAUGAGAGAACAUGAAGAAAAAUCAAAAAAGGCUGUUCAAACAUUUUGGGAAAAUCUAAACAACCGUAAAAAAUCAUCCCAGAUUAACGAAAAUACUAAUGCAUCACAACCUUCGUUCAAAGUAUCAUCUGAGGUACUCGAUAGUUCAGUUUCACAAACAUCAUCUAUUCAGUCAAAGUUGAAAGAAACAUCUAUUCGAUCAACAGAACAAGUGAAUAGAGUUGUAACAUCUUGGAAAGGAAAACCAGUCGAUCGUAGCCAUAAAGAUACUUUCUUGUCAUUAGAAUCUACGAACAAAAUACAAACUCAGUCUUUUCGCCGAGCGAAUGAAAAUGUAGUAACAACGGUUGCUUUUACAGGUUAUGAUCAACCCUUGACAAAAGUUCUUAAUAAACGCAAAUAUUCUGAAGAUGGAGAAAUCAAUAACGAUAAAUCGAUCAAGUUUAUUGUUCCAACAACUCGGAUACAAAGAGAGCCUUCUAUGAAAGUAAAUUUACCAAACAUGCCAGUUCCACGAAUGAACAAUAAUAAUCAUAUGCAAAGUAUCGUCACAUUAGGUUCAAAGAAUAGUGGGGUCAAGUCAUUAGUACAACUAUGCACCAUGACAUUAGUUUCAAAUAAGCAUCGGCUUUAUCAUUUAGGAAAUACUCCCUAUCAUUUACUGGAAUCAAUUUUAAAAUUCUGUACCGAUGAAGAAUUGCGUCAAUUGGAAGAAGUGAAUCCUCGUCUUGUCGAUGAGGAUAUGGAACUUUGGAAACGUUUCUUACAGCAAAAGCUUCCAGGACGACCGUUACCAACUAAUCCCAAAAAUUAUCGAAAUAUAUAUUUGGAUAUUAUCGAUGAAGAAAAGGAAAAGAAGGAACGCAUCAUUGGUAAACUGAAAAAAGCAAUGGCUGAGGAGAAAGCUAAAAAGGAGGCGCGUCAAGUAAAGAUGCUUUCUGUCGCUCCUCGUGAACCGAAAAGGAAAACUUCGGGCUAUCAAAAACUAACACCUCUCCAAAAGAUUCGAAAAGAAAUGAUCCGGGAGGGAUACAUCAUAUUCCCCCAAAAGCCUACUCACAAUGCUGUUGAUGGCAAUUCAAAAAACCAUCGAUACAGUCCAUAUCUGAGUUUUUGUAAUCAAGAAAAGAAAUAA